AUGGCAGACCAAGAUUCUUCGAGAUCUGCUCAGAUGACUGCCGUAAACAAUCCAACGUCUUCGCUAGCAUCAUCACGCGCAACUGCAGCAACGCCCUCAACUUCGAGCUCUUCAAACGAAGAUGAUACACCUGCUUCGACAAGUCAACGUCGCCCUACCAAUGCUCGGAAGAUGCCACCCACGUUCAGGAACUCCCAGAUGCUUGUCAAGCUCUAUCCUGGUUGCGAUCCUAAGGCUGAGCCCUUUGUUGUGCACAAGGAUUGGGCUUGUCAUUCUUCCUCUGUCCUAGAAGCAGCUUUUAACAGCAACUUCCUCGAAGGUCAGACGCAGGAAUACCGCUUGGAUAUUGAAAGCAUUGACGAAGAUGUUGUUGCGCUGUUCGUCCAUUGGAUCUAUACACAAAAACUAGAUCUAUCUCCAGUUCAAGCUUCCGGUGCUGAAACUUUGCCGACGAGCUCCAACAAGGACAUUGUCUUGGUCAAGCUUUGGGUUCUGGCCGAUAAGCUGGUGAUUCCGUCCCUACAAAACAAAGUCAUUGAUGAGAUUGAGGAAACUCGCCGAAGCACAAGAAAAGUAGCAGUAUAUUCCUUGAGCUACGUGUGCAGGAACACUUCAAGAGAUAGCCCUCUCCGUCGUCUCUUUCUAGCUCAAUGCGCAGGACAUCUAAAGACUAGCAGUUUCGCUUCGGAUCCCCUUAACUAUCCCCAAGACUUCCUCAUUCAACUUGUAAUGCUCCUGAAAGAUGGUAUGACUCCGGAGGUAAAGGAACGGCUCCGUCCACGCCACGACAUGAGCGUCUUCAAAGUAGCGGAAAAUUAA